GGAGGGAGGUUUCACGUAAAACAACACAUCGUGAAACACUUGAGUUUGUGAAUUUCCCUCUCCGAUCAGGGGUCCAAAAGAAGCACUUAGAAGUUAUCCAUUACGGGUCCCUUCUCCAACCUGUCCGCCGAAUCUGUGAAGAGUUUAAGCUUGUUUUAGUUUUUUUUGUUCAAAUGACGGCGCAGGUAGAUUACCUGGCGGUGGUUUUCACUGCUACAUCUGGCACCAGCGGUGAAUGGCUCGGUUCUGAUGAGAAGGAGACUGUACAGCUUAUGUGGCAACUUGUGGAUGUCAAGAACAAAAAGUUGGGCAAGGUGAAUGAGCUGCGCAUUAAGCCUGACCUCUCAGACUCAGAGGAAAAGCAGGAGGAUGAGGUGGAGGAGAGCACCACAGAGCAACACAACUCUGGGGCAGACUGUGUUACUACUGCAGAAAAUCUAGAAACCGCCCUAAAUCUGUUUCAUCUCCAACUCACGAAUGAGGUGAACAGCGCGGGCACAGGCACGUCGGUGUGUUUGUGUGCGGACGGGCAGCUCCACAUCCGUCAAGUGAUUCACCCCGAGGCAGCAAGCAAGAACAUCCUUGUACCUGACUGUUUCUACUCAUUCUUUGACAUCCGCAAGGAGUUUAAGAAGCAUUUUCCUGCCUCGGAUCUCAAGGCUUUGAAUGUGCAAAACAUGGCAGAAUCUCUUGGUUUACCCAAUGAGGUCGCUAUUGUGGACCCUGAAUCCAUUUUGUCCCCUGAAGUAGCAGUCCAACAGGUCCAGACGAUGACCAGUAUUGUUCUUGCCCUGCUUUCUGAGCCAUUUUGCCACAUAUUUUCAAAUCCCGAAAAGGUUAAUGAUAAGUUUGAAUCUGGCACUUGCAGUAAGAUGGAGAAAGUUUCUGACAACACGGUUAUCCGCGCCCGAGGGCUGCCAUGGCAGUCAUCUGAUCAGGACAUUGCUAGAUUUUUUAGAGGCCUUAACAUUGCCAAGGGAGGAGCUGCCUUGUGUCUGAACGCUCAGGGCAGAAGAAAUGGAGAAGCUCUUGUACGUUUUGUGAGUGAAGAACACAGAGAUUUGGCUUUGCAGAGACACAAACAUCACAUGGGCAACAGAUACAUAGAGGUUUACAAAGCAACAGGGGAUGACUUCUUGAAGAUUGCAGGAGGGACUUCAAGUGAAGUGGCCAUGUUCCUGUCCCGGGAUGAUCAGAUCAUCGUGAGGAUGCGAGGGCUCCCAUUCACCGCGACUCACGAGCAGGUGUUGACCUUCUUCUCACCGGAGGACGGGCUUAAGGAGAUGUGUCCCGUGAGCGGAGGGAGGGAGGGCAUCCUGUUUGUCCGGUAUCCCGAUGGACGCCCGACUGGUGAUGCUUUUGUUCUGUUCUCCUGUGAGGAGCAUGCUCAAAAUGCCCUGAAGAAACACAAGGAGAUCCUGGGGAGGAGAUAUAUCGAGCUGUUCAAGAGCACAGCAGCAGAAGUCCAGCAGGUGCUAAAUCGAUAUUCUUCAGCUCCUUUGAUCCCAGUGGCCCCUGCCCCACUGGUGUCUGUGCUGCCUGCAAUGCCUCUCCUGCCCCCUCCUGGCACCCUCAGGGACUGUCUGCGGCUCAGAGGUUUGCCCUACACGGCCAGUAUUGACGACAUCCUUACUUUUUUGGGCGAGUUCAUACACGACAUCCGGCCCCAUGGCGUUCAUAUGGUUCUGAACCAACAGGGCCGUCCAUCGGGCGACUGCUUCAUCCAGAUGACGUCCCCAGAGCGGGCGCUCAUGGCGUCUCAGCGGUUGCACAAACAUGUGAUGACGAGCCAGCGUGGGCAGAACAGUCGAUACGUGGAGGUCUUUCCGUGCAGCGCGGAGGAGAUGGGGCUGGUGUUGAUGGGCGGCUCGCUCUCUCACACACACACACGCACACAGAGGAGUGGGACAGGGCUCAGCCCGCCGCCAUGUAAGUCCAGACGUUUGUCUCCACCAUCGUACUCAUUCGCUGCAGCUCCUCAGGUCCUCACAGCGGAGGCAGCGGCCGCUCUUUACCCUCCCUUUGGUCAAAUGCUGCUGGCCCCUCGCCCCCUGCCCCCUGGACAUGGUUACUACCCUGCCGCCUCUGCUCAGCUCUACAUGAACUACUCUGCCUACUACCCCAGUCCACCUGGCUCACCCACCACCAUCGGCUUCUUCCCCUCCCCCUCGGCCCUGACCUCUCCAGGGGGACUGGUGCGCAUGCCAGGCCUGCCCUACCCCACUAAUGGAGUCAAAGACAUCAUUAACGCAGUGCAGGGAUACCAGUACUCUGCAGAGGAUGCUCUGGUGCACGCACCCGUGCACACUCAGGACCCGUCCAGGACACUUCUUACGCAGCCCAAAGAAUGGAGCCCAGGAGAAGUCUCUGUUCUGAGCAGCAGUCUGAUUGGACAGUCCAAUGGAGGAGAUGCCCCCGUGAUGUCCCUCCCCCUGGUGAACAAGCCCGCAGGGCAGUUUUUGGACCUAUCCCUGCUGUAGGGACGCACUACGCACACACAUAAAGGUCAUGUGACAGUCAGUCCAGUUUGUCAAAGACUAUUUAUGUAUUUUAGGUUUUUUAAAUAGUCCUUAGAAAUUUUAUUUAUAUGUUAAAAUUAUACUUGUAUUUUAUACCAAAUCACUAAGGCCUUAGCCAAAUAGCAAUUGUCUUUUAUUGCACAGUGUAUUUUAAAAGCUUUAUAGAUUUUUUUUUUACCAUGUUAAGACAUUGUGAUUAUUAUUGCUGAAACUAGAGAAGAAUAAUCUUGUAGCAACUGAGCUAACCAUUGUCAGUGAACCAAAGUAUAAGUGUGAGUGAGUUUGUGAAAUGAAAGAGUGAACAACAUGCAUGAAUGCGUAGUUAGACAUUUUUAUAUGUUAAUGACAUAGCUGUUUGUGUUAUAUACAGAUUUUAUACAUAACAUGUGAUUGUAUUAAAAGCUUUAGUGCAUGAAGUUUAGUUAACCUCUUAAGAUGUUUACAGAAUGCCAAACGCAAUGCACUGCUAAUCAAAAAAAUACUGAUGAAAUAUUUUAGCAGUAUCCUCUUCCUAUGUUACACUGUGAGCUUGUCCUAGCAUCAGGUUUGACGUUUCACAUUCGUUUUACCCAGUUACCUGAACCUGUGCAGCCAAAAUAAUUGUCCAUGCUCAGGGCUUGAUGUUGAACUUUUUGCUCACAGGUCACUUCUGUGCAAAUAAUACCAGACAAUUAGUUUUAGAAAAUUCAGUAGCUACGAUUAACAUACAUUAUUUGUGUAUGUAUUUAAUAAAUAACAUCAUGAUUAUUUUAAAUAUCUCUGUGCAAAUGUCCAAAUUUAGGAAGAUAAGACUUUCUAUAAUUUAUCUGUAAUAUUUUGUGAUUCAUGUUGCAUUGUAAAUAGUGGCUUUGCUCCAGAUUUUUUGGGGUAAAACAUGUAAACAUGCUGUUCAGAGCUAAAUUAUAUAAACUUUUUCAGUGUUUGUAAUGUAUUUGGACUGUUAUUAUAGUAAAAUGGUAAAUGCUCACAUUUUUUAUACAGUGCUUUUCUACCUUCAAGGCACCCAAAGCGCUUUACAACAAGGAACCACUCAUACAUUCACACACACUUUCACAUACACCAGUGUACACUGGGGGCAAGAUGGGUUAAGUGUCUUGCCCAAGGACAUCACAACAGCGUCCAUCUGUGGGAGCUGGAAUCACACCAGCCAACCUGUGGGUCAGUGGACAAAUGCUCUUACCAAUUGAGCUAUCACAGUUUUUAAUUUCAAAGCCCUAAUUCAUUCAUAAUUCAAAUGUACUUUAUUGAUGUUGCAUGAAGACAGUUUACCAAUCCAUGUCUUUAAUCCUUUUUACAUUUUUCAUCACUGAUCAUAAUUAAUUACUUUCAAAAACAUAUUCUUGACUAUGCAAAAUGAGACAAAAAGUGUUGCUAGCAAAAAUCUUCCAGAAACGUCAAGCCCUGUGUAUGUGUUCUGUAUUGCCAAUGUUGUUUUGUCUCUUAUUUUGGGGCUAAACCAAAACAGAGGACAGCCCCAGUUCUUGUAACCUAACCUCAAGAGUUACAUUCUUAAAGUCGUCUCAUGUUAUCAGACACCUGCAAAAAGCCAGCGGUGGUUUCACAAACUCAAAACAGGACAACAAAGCUUCGUUCUUUUUUCCUUUCCUACCUUUGCAUCAUCUGCUUUCACCUCAGGAAAAGAGAGUGAUGGAGGGUGGACUGGAGAUGGGAGGAUGAGAAAUUACAGAAAAGUGUUUAUGUGAAAUUAUGAAAGAUAUGUUCUGUUGUUUUAGACCAAAAUCCACCUGCUCAGGAUGUCCUGUUGAAACAAUAAAAGUGAGAUGUCAACUUUA